AGAAGCGACAGGACAGAGCAGCGCCUGCGCCUGAAGUAGUCCUCGCAGCUCCUCCUCCUCUUACAGAAGACAGUCAACCAACAACUGCGUACAAACAAACUGCUUAUGCGAUCACACUACUAACCGACAAACUAGUGAUGUGGGCUGAAAAAUUGGGAAAACAGUUGGGCCUCCCGACACGAUCAGUGGCAGGGUGGCUGGUCAGUAAGUUCCUCACAGCACGCAACCAGGUUCUUGAGGAAAAUGCUGUACAGCUGAGUGGAAUCCAACCUGGAGAUACAGUGCUGGAGCUAGGACACGGUCCAGGACUCGGCCUGCAGGCAGCAGCCAAACUGCUCACAGAGCCCACAGGCCGCCUUAUAGGGGUAGAUUACUCAGAGUACAUGCAUCAGAUGGCAAGCGAGCGACUGAAGGAACUUGUGGUCAGUGGGAAAGUGACUCUUCAUCACUGUGAUGUAGCAGCAAUGCCUCUGGCUGACAGCACUGUGGAUAAAGUAUUUCAUUGUAACUGCUACUACUUCUGGCCAGAUCUCAGGAAGGGAGCCACAGAGAUACACCGUGUCAUGAAACCAGGAGGCCUGAUGGUGACCACGCUGAGGUUGUUCCAUGUUGCUACAAUGGCAGCAAAGCGAGUGAUGCCAGGGGAGAACUGGCACCCGGAGGUCUACAUGGCAGCUCUGAGAGACUCUGGCUUCACUGAUGUCAGAAUGGAAGACAUACAAGGCAAAAAGAUUACUUUUCAGGCUAUCUAUGCCACUGCCUGGAAAUGAGACUGAAAUCAAACUGAAGGGGCAUUUUGGGGCACUGGUUACAAAGUUCCUAAUUACAAGUAAUGGUUACAAAGUGCAUAAUAGUACAACUGUAUUACAAUGCUACAGAUGUUAAAGAUUACAAGCAUACAGCAUAGAUGUAAAAUGAAAAAAAAUAAAAACACAUAUAUGUGAUCUGCAUGAAGGGGUAAUUGUGCUAUAAAUGGGAUAAAAAAUAACAGAGAUAGAGUGAUAAUAAGUGAGUGUCAGUACAGUACAGUAAUUAGCACUGUCGCCCGUCAGGUUCUUGGUUUGAACCCCAGCUGGGGCCUUUCUGUUUGGAGUUUGCAUGUUUUCCCUGUGUCUGUGUGGGUUCUCUCAUAGAACUCCCGGUACUCCGGCUUCCUCCCACAGUCCAAAGACAUGCAAUUAAUAGGUGACUCUAAAUCGGGUGUGAGGUGUGAAUGUGAGCGU